AUGGAGGAUCGCGCACGCGAAGCGGCCCUACAGCGCGCCACCUUCAUCGUUGAGACCAUCGAAUGGGUGGCUACGGGAUUCGAGUCAGUUCAGUUCAAUCCCACGGUUGAACACGGGCUGACACACCUUUACAGUACACUGCAGCAUGUCUUCUCAAAACUGACCGCUGAAAAUACCAAUUUCAGGCUAUUAAACCUUUGGGCCGACGCCAAAGAUGGGAAAGAAGGAAAACCCUCCGAUGAGGAGAGAAAGUACCAUGCCACUGAUGGCAAGGUCAUGUGUCUCAACAGCUCAUGCAGCAUCAAGAGAGGUACGAAUGGGAGGCAGACGCCUAUAUGGCCUCCCCAAUGCAAGCCCAAAGGAAAGGGUGUCAUGCCUGAGGUGGUUCUAUCUUCCUUGGAGCUGAAGGGAGCGCAGGGAACUGCCAGAACAAUACACCUGGACUUCGGUGUGCUAUGGAUCUCUAUUGCCUACCUAACACAUAUGUCGCUUCAAUUCUAUACGAAGAACAUGUGGUACAACUCCGUACUGACUGUCCCAAAAAAACUUCGUGGUUUCCGAGUUGGCCUGGCCUUUGAGUUUGAAGCUCAUACCUUAGCAUUUGUUACAUUAGACAACGUCUUCCAGCCCAACUGGGCAGUCUCUUGUGACAAGCUACCUCCCACACCGUCAGAUGUCUAUGCUGACUUCCACGGAUUUCUUUGUGGAGUGAGCAGUUUUGUCGAGGGCAUUCUGGACUCACGAAAAGCUAGCCUGGCCGCUGAUUGCAUGCGCACUUCAACGACCAGGGUGUUCUUUGGCAUGGGGGUUUACACUCUUUGCGAGGUAUUCUUUAUGGCUGGGAUUCCCAUCCACAUUUCAAUACAAGAAUUCUGCCAAAGUCCGUCUCGAGUGGCCCGACUCUGUCUGGCACUAUGGGAGUACACAAGAAAGUCCCAUGAUAAUCUGUGGUCGGAUGUUUUGAAGCCUGCAAUGGUGGACAACAUCUUGGCACCCACCAGAAGGCAGAGGGAGCAGUAUAGCGACUGGCUGAUGGUAUAUGGGAAGACAAGGACUCUUGUACCCCGUCGCAUGGCAGAGUUGAUCGUCAAGCAUGAAACAAAUGAUGUAAACGGAGAGGGUGAUAUCUUCGAGCCUGGAUAUCUCAAUAUCGCUCUUCGAAAGCACCCCUACCUGGGGUCUCUUGUUUUCGGAGAGAGUGCGUGGACUCGCCUCGGUGGGUCAGUGGGUGGGGGUGAUCCCUUGUCUUCUCUUUUUUCAAAGCGCAAUAUGCUUGAUGCCAAAUCCCAUAUUAACCCGGAGUACUAUGAGAGCAUUGUUCCUUACGACUUCAUGGACAAGACUCGGCCGCGAAAGCAAAUCUACUUGUACUAUCAAGUGCAUAAGACUUGUGGGAAGCAGCUCUGGACAAUAACCAAGAUUCCCUCCUCUCAUGCUGAGACCUUCGAUCUCAUUACUGGGAUGGAACGAGAGACCCGUCUCUUUUCCAACAUUGUUAAAAAGUCAGCAAGUGUUGCUAUUGGGCCUCUAGAGUAUUGUGGAAAUGGUCGCAUAAUGAUGACGACACAUCAGAAGAAGAGAGUAUUUGUUGUCCAAGGGGACCCUUCGCUAUCCGACACUGAUUUCAAAAGAUACAUCCGAGGCAUCUAUCGGAUCAAGAACCACCUCGAUGAACCAGGCCAACCAAAAACAGGAAUGUCCAGGGAGCACCAGACAGAACUCAAUAAAUGGAUUACUUCAUUGGAAGUCGUUCGCCGUUGUGGACUCUCUGGCCCGGAACGCGACAUGGAGGAGACUGAAGAUACUUUCAAAGGCUCAGAUGAAGCUACCAAUGAUGACGAUGAUGAGCAGACGGUAGGACCUUCCUCUGAUGAUACCCUUGUUGGCAAUGAAGACGAUCAACCACCAAUGAAGAAGCGGAGGCUCAGUACAGAUGCUCGGCUGUCCUUGACAUUGGGAAAAGAGAAUAUCAUUCCAGCACUCUUUGGCAUACGGGUGACUAGACGUAGCAAGAAGCCUUAG